AUGACGGCCAAAUUACAUUUCGGAGGGCUCAUUUUGAUUACACUAUUCCGUAAGGCUCAAUACUCCGGAUAUUUUUUCAUCAUCGCAGUGCUCUUCCGAUGUUCUGGCGGUGCGCUGUUGGCUGUGAGCACUCGGCAACUGUCCCGGUCCCUGCACCAUGACAUGCUUAGUCAUGUUCUUUCCAGUCCCGUGAGUUUCUUCGAUUCGACACCCCGAGGAAGGCUGCUGAACAGGUUCUCGAUCGACCUCGAUAUGAUCGACGCCCGCUACUACAUCUGUUUCAAGUCGUGUAUCCAGAACUCCUUCCAAGCCGUCUCCAACCUGUCCGUCAUCGCAACCCAGAGUCCCAUAGUUCUCGGGAUAGGAGGCCUGGGAGCCGUCAUCCUAGUAUGCGGAAUGCACCUCAUCAUUCGGGCCUCCAACUCCGCCCGCUUCGUGGAAGGCGCGUUCAUGUCAAGAGUGCUGCAACACGCCACGGAGACCGUGGACUCGCUGAGCAGCGUCCGGUCCUACGAGAUGGUGGAGCGCUUCUGCAGCCACUUCUGUCACCUCGCGGAAUGGGGCAUGCUGCCCUACAACGCCUGGAUGUGCUGCUUCAGGGUCAGCCGGGCACUGGUCAGCGCCGUCGGCUUCGCCAUUGUGUUGGCCACCUUCAUCUUGGCUGUGGUUAACACCACGAACGAGGCUAGCAGCGUCGGUCUCGCUCUCAGCUCUUCGCUGUCCCCUGAUGUGGACGUUCAAGAGCCAUACAAGGAUAAGAAGAGUCGACAGGAGGCCUUUUGGGUUCUGCCCGUGGAUCAAAAAUGGCCAAGCGAAGGAAGGUUGGAAUUCCAGGGCUACGCUACGUCUUACCGGCCCGGGAUCUUGCCAGAUGUCCUGAAAGGAGUCACAUUUUCUGUGCAACCGCAAGAAAAGGUGGGUGUCGUAGGAAGGACCGGAGCUGGCAAGUCGUCCCUGGUGCUCGCAGUCCUCCGGGUUCUUAAAAGCUCCCGGGGCAGCAUCCGCAUUGACGGCGUCGACAUCAACGCCGUGCCGCUGAGGAGGCUCAGGAACGCGCUCACCGUCAUUCCUCAGGACCCAAGCCUAGUGCGGGGCAGCCUGCGCGACAACCUGGAUGCCACUGGGAGCCAUAAAGACGAAGAACUGUGGCAAGCGCUGCGAGAAGCACACCUGGCUGACUUCGUGGCCUCGCAACGGAACAAUCUUCUUUUGGAAGUAGGUGACGGAGGUUCAAACCUGAGCGUCGGACAAAGGCAACUUGUGUGCCUGGCCAGGGCGCUGCUAAGGAAACCGAAGGUGCUGCUCUUGGACGAGGCCACGUCCCAGAUGGACGGGGACACGGACCGCUUGAUUCAGACAACGCUCAAAAAAAGCUUUGCCAGAUGCACAAUUUUGGCCAUUGCACACCGUAUCAACACCGUCCUGGACUACGAUAAGAUCUUGGUGAUGGGCGACGGAAGAGUACUCGAAUACGGGCCAGUGGAUCAGCUGCUGACAGAUGAGAAAUCCCUAUUCAAUGAAACAGCGAAAAAAGCGGGCGUCCUGGCCAAACGAAGCAGUUUUACAGGCGAUUCAUCUUUCACGAAACUCUGA